AUGACUAGUGCCGUCGGAUAUGAAAAUGCAAUCGAAGGUUGGAGAAAUGAUUAUGUCUCUAAUCGAAACUCAAAAAAGGGUUGGGAAAUAUUAGAAAACUUGGUGAAGAUGCAAACUGAAGGAAAUCAGCAAAUGGAAACCGACGAGAUGUCUGAGAACUGUGCAGCUUUUGAUGAUUUCAGCACUAAUCAGUUGAUCAAGCUAAUCAUUGGAGAUUUUACAGUUAAAGAUUUGCUAGUUGAUCACCAGGUGGUUCUUCUCGAAUUCAUUCCAUCAGCUCAUCCCAAUAUUCUUCGUCAUGUGGCUCGUAUUAUUCGUGAAAAAGAAGGCGCUUUGCCGUUUCUGAAAACGGAAUCAAUCGCUGUUGGAAUCGCAUUUGCUCGUAGAAUUACUGACAGCGAUGCUGGAGAAGAAAUCGGACGUCUUCUAGCACAUCUUGUCGAUAAUGAAAAGAUUUGUGAUGAGUUGAAAUUCAUACUGAAGAAUAACACCGGAAGAAACAACGCUAUGAAUAGAGCUAGCAUUUUUUCAAUUGCUACCGAACGAGCGGGUAUCUCUGCUGAUGCUUCAUGCAUUCGUUGGCUAUAUGAGGAAAUCCUUAAAGUUGUUCUGGACAAGGAAGAUAUGUUGGCUCAGCUCGACGCUAUAAAUAUAUUCGGGGAUAUUGCCUUGAGCGGAAAGCAGAAUGCAGAAAAAAUGAUUGAAUGGAAUAUUGUCGAAAAGAUUUCGGAGCUCAUGGAAAGAUCGAGACAAAAUCCUGAUCACGGAGAGAUGCACCUUUAUGGAACACGCUUCUUCUGCUACUUGGCUCGCUCCUGUCCACAAGUUCUGAAGACGUUCCCCGACUUCGUCAAUCGUCUCAUGUUUGAGAUCAGAAUCUUCAACGAUUUGGGCAUAACGGAUCGUCUCGCUGCUUUUGACCAUUUCGGAUGUCUAUGCUACUCUGUUGAAGCGAAAGAAAUGUUGGAAGACAUGUUCAAAAAUACAAACACUCUUGAUUCGACUCUUGCUGCCGCCGGAGCUGCUUUCGCGAUGGGGUCAAUUGAGAUGAAACGCUGCACUAUUCAGGCCAUCACUCUUAUUUUCGAAAAUGCCACCGAUGCUAUGGCUUCUUCAUGGUACGGACUAAUGGGUGACAAAGCACUAACACAAGUGGCUCUUGAUAACGUCAAGAAACCGUUCCCCGAGUUAAAAAACUGCAUCUAUGAUUUUUGGCAGCAGGUAUUCAAGUAUCCAACUCUUGUUCAGAAAUUCAUUGCAUUCCCUGGAUUCAUCAACUGGUCACUUGACGAAAAAUCCGAAAAUGCUCCGGAAUACGAAAUGCGUAAACGUCAAGUAAUUCGACGAGUGAUCGAUUUAUCGGAAAAGGAAUCGAAUAUAUUGAAUGCGGAUGCUGAACUCAUUGGGCGACUCAAGAAGUACCUCCAGCCAUCUGCAGCUCCUGCACCGCGUAUAGAAGAAAUGGCUCUAUAA